AUGUCUAUCGAGGGUCUUAUUUCGAAUAUUCACACCUUUACUGCUCGAUUCGACGAGGUAAUAAUCAAUUUUUGAAUAAAAAAAUUUUUUUUAUCCUUUUAUUUUGCUCAUUCACUUAUCGCUAAAAACGAAUAAUUUUGAAACAACUUUAUAAUAUUAAAAAAAAUUUCAUUUUCCACCUAUAUUUGGCCUUGCAACUGUGUUUUCGAUGUCAACACGUAAUAUUUUCGACCGGUUCUUGAUCUUUUGGGAGAAACAACUCUGAAGGUUGGGGCCGAUUAUGAACUAUCCAUUGUGACAUUUUCGAAAAGUUCAAAAAUCUUGAAAGAGUUUUUCAAGGUUUUUUUAAUGUAUUGCCUUCACUGUUGAAAAAAAGAAAAAAAUCUGAUGGUAAUCGAUUUUUGAAGUGUACAAAAUACGAAAAAUCGGCUCUUUGCGGGCUUACUUUUCAAACAACAUUAGCUUCAAGAUUUGGAAAAAAAGAAAAAAACGAUUUUUUUAAAAUUUGAUUCAAUUUUUUUGUUUUCUGUGAUCUUUUUGAAGCUUCCAUUGUCUCAAAAAAAGUCUCAAGAAAGAAAAAUUCCUUGGCAUUUUUUUCAGAAUUUAUCAUUUUGAACCAAUUUAAUAAUAUUAUUCGAUUUAUUUGAUAUAACUCUUUAGUUAAAAAAAUUCUAUAGAUUUCUCAACGUUUCUUCAAGAUUCCUCUAACAGUUUUUGAUAAAAAUCCACAGAGCUUGAAAUCACCGUUUCCACUCAGAGUUUAAAAAACAGAUGUAAUGAAGAUAAAUUUUAGAGGUUGUGCUUACGGUCAGAUUAUAUUAUUCAUGAAAAUUCGAUUCAUCAGCUUCAAGUUUUUGAAGGGAAAAAAUGGGGAAAAACGAUUUUUCAGUCCAAUAAUACAAUUGAAAGAAUUCAAGCUUUUAAAUCAGUCAAUAGGAAUAAAGAAACCUUGGACGAAACAGGCGGGAAGUUCAGGACGGCGUCGACCGUCUGCACACGUUGGUGACGUCGAACGUGCUCCUGGCGGCGGCCGGGAUCGUCGCCAUGAGGACCUACGCCAAGUCGCCGAUCGAGUGCACCAUCCCCUCGAAUUUCCCUGAAAGUUCGGCUCAGGUGAAAGUCACACCGUUGAUUAGAGUCCAUUCGUCGACGAUCUGA